UUCCACCUUGCUGCUAUAAUAAAAAGUCUUCUCCAUCAGUUAGGGUUUACUUGCGCAGCGUACGGAUCAAUCAAUCCUCCUUCUCCGACUCCGACAAUGACAGGGAAGGCGAAGCCCAAGAAGCAUACCGCCAAGGAGAUCGCCGCCAAAGUCGACGCUGCCACUACUAAUCGUGGCGGUGGUAAGGCCGGCCUUGCCGAUCGUAGCGGGGUUGAAAAGGGUGGGCAUGCUAAAUACGAGUGCCCACACUGCAAGAUCACCGCUCCGGAUGUCAAAUCUAUGCAGAUUCACCAUGACUCUAAGCAUCCCAAGAUUCCCUUUGAGGAGGACAAACUGGUGAAUCGCCAUGCCACCCAUGCCCCUGAAUCUUCCAAACCCCGACCCGGAGUCAGGGGUAGCUUUAAGAAGUGAAAGCUCCGCACUUAUUUUGUUGGUGUUUUGGGUCUUUUUGGGUUAUGGGUUUGCGUAUUUUUUUUUCUACUUUAGUUGUUGUUAUGGUAGUAAUUAUGGGAUUGGGAUUGGGAUGGGAGUGGUUGAUCUUUUAAUUUCUUUUAAAACUCCUUAUAUGAUGUAUAUUAUUUAUCUUAUUAAUGAUGAAGAUGAUGUUUAUGGGUUCUUAAUUCAAUGGAGUUGUUCUUUCUUACCUUUAAUUUUAAUUGUGCCUUAUAAUGUGUAUUGUUUAGUUUAGGGUUGUUUUAGAAUGAUUAGUCUUUGGGGGUCUUAAAAAUAUGCUAGGUGUGUGAUCUUCCUGGGGCAAAGGGAUGAUAGGAGGAUGGUCAUCUUUUGUUGGUGCCUUUGUUGUGUUCUGAAUGUGUAUGAUUUGUUUUGGAAUGAUGAUAACUUAUGAAACUCCUAGUAAUGUGGAUGGCAUAAACUUGUUCUCAGCUC